CAAACAUGGCAGCUAAUGUUGUGGUCGAUAACGAAAACUACAGCAAGAUUCAACACUUUCUAAAAUCCAGAAGCUUGGAUUAUCUUCUGCCAUCGUUUGUUUGCUACAAAAUUGACGACAAUGUCGCGUCUGAUGUCACAGAUGCAAAACUGUUAGAAAUAGGUCUCGUUUAUGGAGACAUUUUAGCAUACAAACAAGAAUUCACUGCCACUUCCAACACCAUUAAAUCAUAUGAACAAAGGGCUGAAGAAUUAAAACACCAAUUGAAAAAAAACCAUGUUUUUGGCAUUGAUUCGAAAAAUAGGCAAAUUAGAGUUCUUGAGGUAUAUAAAGUGACAUUUGGGUUAAAGUGUUACGAAAAGAAAUGUUAUGUGGCUAAAAGAAACAAAUCUCACAGCAUCGACUGCAAACGUAUGUGCACUUACGAAGAGAUGCAUACUAUAGCUCGUAAUUUAUACAACGUGCCAGACAGAGUAAAAACAUUCUUAGCUCAGUAUAAUGGGAAAAAGAUGGAGAGUACUUUUAAAAACUUAGAACAAUAUGCUUUAUCACAGAAAGAAAAAAAGAAAGCAAUUCUGUUAUAUCUCUAUUAUCCAAAAAGUUACAGUUCUUUCACCCUGGAUUCGUUUUUGAAGAUAUCUCAAAUUCCAAGUGACGAAAGUGAUGGAGAUUUUGAGACAUUUGCAGAUAUUGAAGUUGAGGAAAAGGGUAACAUUUGUCAAGUUUGCUCCUGUACGUAUCAUAUUAGCUGUAUUCGAUGUGAGCAGAAUCUGGAGUAUCAGGCUAGUUUAUCAGCAGACCAAGAAAAGCAGAAUCAAGAAACACAUUCUCACUUGGAAGAUCAUAGCAACAGUGUUAUUGUUGUUGAAGAUGAAAUAGUUGCAGAAGAAGGGGAUGUUGAGGAAGAACCCGAAAUCCAUCCUGAAAACAAUGCCGCAUUACGAGAAGCUAGAAUAAGUCAUUUUUCUUUAAGAUAUGUGCAACGCCCUAUAAGAUUUAGACAUUCCAUAGGGUCUCCUAGUCUUAACCAACCACCAGUGUGUCAAACAAGUAAUGAAAUUAACUCUGAAGUUUUUGGUGAUGAUGAAGUUGACCGCUUUUUUGCAAAUGAUAUUCCAGCUGAUUUUGAAUUAAAUCAAAACAAUGUUGAAGAGAAAGAUGUGAGUGAAAUGGAUUUUUUGAAGUGUGCGUUGGAACGGUUUAAAUUUAAACGGUUGAUCCAAAUGUCUCCACGCCACAUUAUUGUUCAAAGAGAUCAGAAUAAAUUCUGGAACAUACUAUUAAAACAAUCAUUUGAUGCAGAAAAGCAUGAUUUUAUUAUACGAUUUGCUGGCGAAGCAGCUGCUGAUGCUGGAGGUCCUUAUAAAGAAUUUUUAACUUUGUGCAUGAAGUACUUUAACCUUGUGCCAGGUCUAUUUUUUGGAUCAACAUCUGCCCUGUGCUUUAAGGCUGCUCCACAGGAUUUGGAAAUGAAAACAUAUUACAAAUUGGGUCAACUGACAGGUUUAUCAAUUUUGAACUCUGCUAGAGGACCAGAAUGUUUACAUUUUUGUGUUGUUGAUGCGUUAUAUUCGAAAGAAUCUAAUGAUGUUAUAAAUGUUGAUGAUGCUGAACUUCAAGCGAAACUUCAACAAAUUGAAGAAGGGAAUUUUGAUGAAAUGCUGGAUAAUAACAUUUUGCCAUCUGGCGAUAAAGAAAAGGAUAAAAUGAUGUUUGCAAAAAAUUAUGUUAUAUUUAGCAGAUACCAUGCUCUUGAGCACUUUCGAAAAGGUUUGAUGAGCAUCGACUCAGCCUUAGGUGAACCAGACAAUGUCGUUUUUAUGAGAAAGUACCUCCAAGUAAACAAUAAAUCAAUAACUUUAAAUGAGUUUGUUGCAUUACUAAAAAUUAAUCGUGAUGGUAUACUUGGAUCUAACAAACGAUCUUUGGUUGAAUCAGCAAUUUGUGAAUUUGAAAUUUAUCUUGCUGAAGUUGCAAACGGUGAUCAUGUUGGUAUAUCUCUAGAAGAUAUAUUGUUUUUCUUUACUGGAUUUGACCGUAUCCCACCUCAUGGAUUGGAUGACCCUUUAGAUAUAAAUUUUGAAGAGGACAUUGUGCUUCCUAAGGUGUCAACCUGUUCAAGGACUGUUGUCUUACCAGUAAAAAAUGUUGGACAGGCAAUGAAAACUGCAAUAAAAUUUUGUAGUGGUUUUGGAGAGAUUUAAUUGAAAUGAAUAUUUGAAGGUUGUUUUUCGUAAUAUAUUACUUGGAUAUAGUCUUUUAGUUACUGUGUAUAAAAGGUUUUUUAAAUUUUGGUUGCAUACCCUUAUGUUACAUACACGUUUUUUGUAUAAGAACACUAACUUGAAGAAAGACCUUCAAACGUUCUUAACUUUUUAAAUUUGAAUACUUUGUUCUUAUAAAAAAAACGUGUAUAUAUGAGUUCGUUUUGUUUUUUUGUUUUUUGUGGGCUUUAGCAUAAAUAUUUUUUAUCCCAGUUUUACAAAAAAAUCUCAUAAAGCAUGAAGCUUAGACUUUUAUAAUUUUGCUCAUUUGCAUACACAUCUUGUUGUGACUUUUUGUCUUCCUGUUGAAAAGUUGUUAAUAUUUUUUAUGCUGUAAAUACACCUAUAUUUUGUUAACAAAAGCAAAACUCAAAAAACGUUAAAUAUUAGUUUGUUUAUCUCUAAAUCCCAAUACUUGAAUGUUUUAUAUUAAAAAUCCAUCACGUGAUAAUAAGUCCAACAACUUUAUGUACAUAUCUAAUCCACCUUCUGCGUCCUUAGCGAUUUUUAUGCUGUUUAUAUGUACGUAACAAAUCAAUAGUUCGUGUAUAUCUUUAUU